AUGGGCGGAAGGAUGAGCGGAAGAGCCGCGGAGAGCCUGAGAGUCCAGCGGAGGACGACGGGGGAAGGCGGGGAGCGGGGAAGCAGGGGGGGGGGAGGCGGAGAUGGGGGCCCGGGAAAUGCGCGCCGCAGGGGGAGGCACGACUCGGACGAUGAGAGCGACGAAGAUAGGGGCGGUAGCGAUGGCGGAAAAGGGGGCGGAAGGGGUGGCGGAAGGGGCGGAAAGGGGAAGGCGCGGGAGGAUUUCGAGGAGGAGCGUACGGAAACGAAGAAGAGAGUAGGAGGACGAAGGGGAGAGAGGGAUCGUGAGGAGGACGAGGAGGAGGAGGAGGGGGGUGAGCGGUGGGAGAUGGGUGGGGGGAGGGAGAGGGUGCGGGUUGGGCGGAAGGAGAAGCGCGGGGAGGAGGGGAGGCGCGGGGGUCGCACGGAGAGCGAGGAGCGGGAGGAGCGUGAUAAGGGUGAGGGGAGGAGGGAGAGAGAUCAGAUGAGGGCGAGGGAUGGCUUGGGGGAAGGUGAGCGCGAGCGAGAUGUGAUUAGGGGCCGGGAGGGCGGGAGGGGACGAGGAAGGGAUGACGUGGAUGGGAGGCGAAGGGAGAGAGAGGAUGAUGGUGGCAAGGAUAGGCGACGGGAUGGCGAGAUGGAGAGGGGGAGGGAGCGAGACGGCAGGAGGGGGAGGGACAGGUCGGGCCGGCACAGGCGGGGAGGGUCCGAUUCGGAUGGGAGUGAGAGCAGCGGCGAGUGGGAGAGGGAGCGAGAGAGGGAGAGGGGGGGGAUAAGGGGGAGAGGAAGGGAAGAUAGGCACAGGAGGCAUGCGGAAGGUAGGCGAGAGGAGGGGCGGCGAGAUAGGGGGAGGGGCGAGUGGGAGGGAGAGGAGAGGCGGGGCGACGGGCGAGGGGCUCCCGUGCGCGCACCCAAUGCUGAUGCUGCCGCCACUCCUGCCCCCGCCGCUGCUGCCACUGCUGGCGGAGCAGCAGGCCCAGGCGCAGGUCCGGCUGCAGGCAAGGCAGCAUCAGCGCGGGACACAGGGCGCACGGGAGGCGCGUACAUCCCGCCGUUCAAGCUGGCGCGCAUGCUACAGGAGGUGAACGACCGCAGCAGCGCGGAGUACCAGCGGCUCACGUGGGACGCUCUGCGCAAGUCCAUCAAUGGGCUGGUCAACAAAGUCAACGCGUCCAACAUCAAGAACAUCAUCCCCGAGCUCUUUGCCGAGAACCUCGUGCGCGGCAGGGGGCUGCUGUGCCGCGCGUGCAUCAAGUCGCAGAUGGCAAGUCCGACGUUCACUCAUGUGUUUGCGGCGCUGGUUGCGGUGGUGAACACAAAGUUUCCCGAGCUGGGCGAGCUGCUGCUGAAGAGGAUCAUUCUGCAGUUUCGAAGGGCGUUUCGGCGCAACGAUAAGAUGGCCAGUCCGAUUUUCACGCACGUGUUUGCGGCGCUCGUGGCGGUGGUGAAUACCAUUUUUCCGGAGUUAGGGGAGCUGCUGCUGAAGAGGAUCAUUCUGCAGUUUCGCAGGGCGUUCAGACGCAACGACAAGCCGGUGCUGGUGGCAGCGUGUCGCUUCCUGGCGCACCUUGGCAACCAGCAGGUGGCUCACGAGAUCGUGGCGCUCGACCUGCCUCUCUUGCCCACCUCUCUUAGCAUAUCUCCGUCAUUCCCUCCCCGCCCCUCCCCUCCUCCUUCCCCCCUCUUGCAGCCGGUGCUGGUGGCGGCGUGUCGCUUCCUGGCGCACCUCUGCAACCAGCAGGUGGCUCACGAGAUCGUGGCGCUCGAGCUGCUCACACUGCUGCUGGAGACGCCCACGGAUGAUAGUGUGGAGGUGGCGGUGAGCUUCGUGAAGGAGUGCGGCGCCGUGCUGCACGACCUCCGUCUCUCUCCCCCCCCCCCAUCUCUUCCACACUCAAUCACACACACGUCCACCCUUUCCACUCCCGACGACUCCCAAUCACUCCCAACCACUCCCAACCAGGUGGCAGUGAGCUUCGUGAAGGAGUGUGGCGCCAUGCUGCAGGACCUCUCGCCCCAGGGCCUUCACAGCAUAUUCGAGCCCUUCCGUGGAAUCCAGCAUGAGGGGGAGAUGGACAAGCGCGUGCAGUUCACCAUUGAAGGGCGCUUUUCUCCCCUCCUCUUUUCCUCCUCUCCACCCCUUUCCCUCCUCCCCUUCCUGUCGUCCCCCUCCCACCCCUCACAUCGCAGGCAUGUUCGAGCGCUUCCGUGGCAUUCUGCACGAGGGGGAGAUCGACAAGCACGUGCAGUUCACCAUCGAGGGGCUCUUUGCCAUCCGCAAGGCCAAGUUCGAGGUGUGUGGUUGGUGAGGGGGCAUGGGGAGUGUAUGGGUGGUGGCACGGGUGAUGCUGUGUGUGCAGUUCACCAUCGAGGGGCUCUUCGCGAUUCGCAAGGCCAAGUUCGAGCUCAGCUCACCAUCGAAGGUCUCUUUGCCAUCCGCAACGCCAAGUUUGAGGGCUUCCCAGCGCGGCUCCCCGAGCUUGACCUGAUAGAGGAGGAGGGUCAGAUCAGCUCUCAAUUUCUCCCCCUGCUGACUUCAUGCACUCCUCUUCCCGUCCCUCCCUCCCAUGUCUCUUACCCUCUCCACGGCUUCCCAGCCGUGCAGCAUGGGAUCUAUCUGGAGGAGGAGGUGGAGGAGGAGGAGGGGGAUCAGAUUGGACCACCCACAAGCUGUUAUUCACUCACUGACUGCUUUGGCCUCAUGCACACCUCCCCCCACCCCUCCUCCUCCCCGUGUCUCCUGUCCUCUCUCAGGGCUUCCCUCCCAGCAGUGCAGCCCGAGCUGGAUCUGGGCUUCCCAGCGGUGCUGCCAGAGCUGGAUCUGGUAGAGGAGGAGGAUCAAAUCACGCACGAGCUCUCGCUGGAGGAGCCGUAUGACCCCGAGACUUCACUCGACGUGUUCAAGUUCGACCCGGACUACCUUGCAAACGAGCAGCGUUACAAGGAGAUCAAAGCAGAGAUCCUGGGGGAUGAGGAGGAGGAUGAGGACGAGAAGGGCGAAGGGGGGGUUAACUUUGAGGAGGCGGGCCACAAGCUGAUGAAGGUCAACCUGCAGCCGGGGCAGGAGAUGGAGCUGUGUGAGAUGCUGCUCGCCUGCUGCUCCCAGGAGCGCACCUACCUGCGCUACUACGGGCUGCUGGGCCAGCGCUUCUGGUGGGUGGAGUGCGGUACUCGGAGAUGA